CGACUCAUGACCGUGCCCAGUUUAAAGUGGUCAAAUGGUGGUCCUCCGCUACUCAUUCGUUUUAAUUUUGUUCGGUGUUCUGCUGAUCAAGGGAAUCAGGGCAGCGCGAAAAUGGGAUUACAAUCCUAUAUCGAUCGCAGGAGUCACGUCGAAUAGCAGUUUAAUAAGUUUCGAUCUAAAAAUCGUUCGCAUAUCUCGCGGAGAGUACGGAAUAUCAGGCACAGUCGAGUGGAACUACGAUACGACAGACGAAACCAUGGUUGAGGCCAUUGUCUACCGGAGCUAUUCUGGAAGUGAGAGUGACUACAGUUUGCUUCCCUUUUCCAUUCCCAAGCAAACCUUUUACGGUUACCUCAAUACCUACUAUAAGAACGUAAUAAUGAAGAACUUUGGACCUUGUAUCAAUGUUCCCCAGUUCGAGGACAAAUUCAUACCUCCAUGGCCAAGGCGGACAUAUAUCAUUGACAAAUGCGUGUUUAGUGGUGAUGGAUUACCAGAAAUCGUAUUGCCCGGAUUUUACAAGAUUGUUUUUAAAUGCUUUGGACCGGAGCAGCCGUCGUGGGCAUUUGUUGUUGUUCUUAAAAUAUGGAACAAAUUUUUUUAAACUGAAAAAUGUAUUAUGUUUUGGAAAAUGAAUAAAUAACGGCCAGUUCUCAAUAUGAAUUAAUUAACCAACAUAAA